AUGUGCAGCCUCAAUUCUUGCCUUUCUUGGCCUCAGGAUCAUCGUAUACUGGGAUUGCUGUUUAGAUUAGUCGACUUCGUGGAUAACCAGAAGCAUCAUCAUGACCGUCAACUUCAACAUCACUCAGAGGCUGUUGUUGAGGAUCUAAUUUACGAUGUUUUGCUUACUUUGCACAAUCAUUGUCACGGUAGUUCUGGGAAUAGUCAAACAAGUGAAGAACAUCUGCAAGACUGGACCAGACUUCUGCUUGGUUUGGCGAAGACUACUGCUAGUACAACAACCACAAGCAGUAGCAAGCGACAACCAUGCCUCUGGCAUCUUCUACUACUAGAAUAUGGAAGGCGACAAGCAUGCUUGAAAUCUGGCACAGGCUUGGAAAUGAAUGCUGUGGAUACAGAUGCGACGUCAACAAUUUCUCUGCAGCCAUCUGCCUCCCUUUUCACACUUCUUGUGGAUGAAUUCUGCUGUCAGACUACAACUAGUACCAAGUCCAACGCAGGCGUAAAAAACGCAACAUCAGCUUCAGCCAUAGCUCUCCUGAACACUCAAUCGAUCGGAGACCAAGCACUGGGUGCCACCAUCUUACACUCUGCAUCUGAAACUGGAGACUUUGCGGUUGUGCAGGCUCUUCUCACCGCACAAGCCGAUGCGCGAGUGACGGAACGAACUGCAGGCUGGACGCCGUUGCACUUGGCUGUGAAAGAGGGUCAUGCGAAUGUUGCACGGUUGUUGCUGUUCCGAAACACCACACUGGUGCAGGGUGUUCAUUUGGCAGACGCUGCAGACCGCUUUGGUUGGACACCAUUGUUGGAAGCAGCUAGUCACGGUGACAUUCAGUUGAUGCUCUUGUUGUUGAAUGCAGGUGCCAUGAGUAGUAGUAUUAAGGGUUGCCGAAUUGCAUUCCUCGCUACCAUCCACCCUGGGUCUUUUCCUAGUAGAAAAGAAGCCAGGGAUGUUCUGAGGAAUGUAAUUCCUUAGCCUCUAAGAGUAGUACGUCUCAAAUGUUGGCUACUACUUUAGGAGAAGCACUAGACGACGAUCAUACAGAUGAAUUUCGUUCCCCUGAAGAGGCAGAAGGAGGAGAACCUGACAUGUUCAUUACAGGAGCCAUUGAAGCCCUACAAGACGCGAUCACUGAUGCCAGAAAGUUGUCUGAAGAACGCAUUGCUUUUUUACGACUGUUGGUCAGUACUUCACUGGACCUUAACUCAACAGCGAAAGCUGCUGUAGGCUUGAGACGGCGUCAGCGAUUUCGAAGGAUUUUGGAGCUUAUCAUGUCUUCAGGAGAAGCGUGUUCGCUUGAAGGAUACCUUCUGCAAGACACGAGCUCAUCAUUCAGAAGCGCAACAUCAUCAUUUUUAGAAACUCCAGACCCAAACAACAACAACAACGACAACAUUCUAGCAACUGUCCCCAGACAACUGAUCCCUCUCUUCCUCAAGCACUUCAUCCCACAAGCAUCUUCUAUGCGUCCUCGCGACUGGGAACCAUGUGAACUCUGUGGCAUGCCUCAAGUGAGGGAGGAUCUAUAUGAUAGAACAUUUUCUUGCUACAUAAAAAACACGAAGACGAACACUUCUUUUUACAUGUUGAACAACGAGGCUGGUGAUGCAGAUGGUGAAAGACGUAGUAGACACGACAUGGUCAACCUUCGCCUCUGCUCAAAGUGCUAUUUUGUGGGAAGAACAACAUGCGCGACAGGACAUCCAAUCUGAUGAUUUUUGC